CUGAAAUGAUAAGUUUAUUAUCAAAAUAAGUACUGAUUUAAUAUGUAGUGAUAAGAGCUCAUCACUAGCUACAUACAUGUCUUAAGUAACACUAACUAAAGCCUACAAGUCAUGUCAGCACAAUUGCAACACAUACAAAAUCUACGACACAUCUUUCAACGUUCGGUGGAGGCUGUGCGACCGGCACAGUUACUGAGUGAGGCCAACCAAUAUACGUUGCGGCCACAGGUGAGCGAAGAUGGACGUCGCUUGAGCAUACAAAUACAGGGUAAAACUCUGGAUAUAACACAUAAGCACUGUCAUGUUGUCGGAUGUGGUAAAGCUGUGCUUGGCAUGGCGGUGCAAUUGGAAAAAUCGCUCGACAAACGCUUGGUUAGUGGUGUGCUGAGCAUACCAGAGGGUACAAGAGCGAGAUUUCAAGAUGUGCCCGAAAUGCAAUUGUCAACAAAUACCGUGCUGGAUGUUAUCGAAGGCGCACCAAACAAUCAGCCAGACGAGCAGGCACUCGAGGCGGCAAAACGCAUAAAGACACUGGCGGCGAGUAUGACGGAAAACGAUAUACUCUUUGUGUUAAUAUCAGGUGGUGGUUCGGCAUUGCUGCCAUUACCACGUCCACCACUUACACUGUCCGAGAAAAUGCAGUUGGUACGGCGUUUAGCCAAUUGCGGUGCAAGCAUUGAUGAAAUGAAUGUGGUGCGUAUUGCUUUGUCGGAUAUCAAAGGUGGCCGCUUGGCGGCUGCUGCACGCAAUGCUUUUGCAGUUAUUUCGUUUGUCAUCAGCGAUGUCGUAGGUGAUCCGGUCGAUAUAAUAGCUAGUGGACCAACUUGUACUGUUAUAACAAAGCGUACGACAGCAAAGGAAGUUUUGGAAAAGUAUGAAUUAUUUGCUGAUUUGCCUAAGCAUAUACGUCAACUAGUGGAAGCGACAGAGGCUAAAGAAACGUUUCAAUCAGCACACAAUAACUCUGUUUAUGUGGUGGGUGUCAAUCGUGUUGCCACCGCGCAAGCUGUGCAGGAGGCGCUCAAGUGUGGCUACAAUCCAUUUAUAGCCAGCACAACGAUUGAGGGUGAAGUGCAGCAGCUGGUCAGCAAAUACAAUGACUUCUUACAAAGCAUUUGCGAUUUUCGUGAAGGGAAACUGGCUGAAAACGAUUUGAAAAGUCGCUUUCCCUUCGAUACACGCAUUUUCCAGCAUUUUUUAAAAACACUGCUCAUGUGUGAGCGCACGAAAAAGCCGCUGCUAUUGAUUUUGGCUGGUGAACCGACUGUUAAGGUCACCGGCAGCGGUUUGGGUGGUCGCAAUCAGGAGUUGGCUUUACGCAUGUCUCUCAUCGCACAUGAGAAUGCGGAUUUUAAUAAUGUUAUCUUUCUCUCUGCCGGCACUGAUGGCAUUGACGGUCCAACGCCAGCAGCGGGUGCUAUCGGUUGUGAUUUAGUGAUAAGCGACUUUUUGGCGAACAACUCGCAUAAACUGAGUGAUGUACAAGCUUUCUUGCAGCACAGUGAUUCGUAUAAUUUUUAUAAAAAUCUGAAUGCUGGUGAAUAUCAUGUGCUGACCGGCCACACCGGCACCAAUGUGAUGGAUCUGCAGUUGUUGUUAAUUGUGUAGCAUCAUUAUAAAAAAGUUGAUCGAUUUGUUUGAAGAAAAAAGUUAUAAUAUAUUCUAAACUAAAGUGGCAUCAAGAAAA